AUGACGAUAAGAAGACUUGCUGUUUUGGCAGCUAUUAAAUCCAACCAAUCUAAUGGUACUACUACUACUAUUCUUAAUAAUGAUAAUGAUCAAUGUCUUUUAGGACAUAAUAUGUCGGCUAAUGGGGAUGUUGGAAUGUUUGGAGUUGAUUUACACAACAACGUUUUUAUCCAAGGAAAUUCAGAAAAAACCCGUGAACAAGAGCGUGCUGCAUAUUCAGUAGCAGAACCAGAUGUUCAAAGUCUUCAAGUUUUUACGACUAACUCCUACAAUGAUCGCGAAUUCGAUGAGCAACGUUAUGAAGAUUGGAUUGAUCGUAUGAAUGAAGAAUUAACAUCAUUGCCAGCUUGUCCAGGUACACCUGGACCGCCACCACCGUAUGAAAGUCUUAUUUUCAAUUUACAAAAUUUACCGUCACCCAGUCAAAAAGAUGGAUCUGUGAUUUAUCCAUCCGAAAAAGAAAAAAGUGAUAAUGCCAAAGACGAUAAAGAAGACGAUGGAUUACCGCCUUAUGACGCUGCUAUUAAACUUGCUGGUGAUGGAUAUGUUUGA